GUCUAAUGCAUCCCUCUUGUCAACCCGUUCGGAAUAUUGGAGAGAAAUGACAGACAUCGACGAACGAAGGUUUUUGAGACACAUUUCUCAAGAGUACUUUGAUCUGAAUGGUACACAUUAUGAGACCUUCGAUACUCUCCCGUCUAGUCUGGAUUUCUCUAAGAUGGUACGGAUCGCUAGACCUGUUUUGAUUAAGGAAUGCGCAGCUCCGGUCACAUUGUUUAAAUGGACCAACGAGUAUCUCAUCGAACGUUGCGCAGAUAGGCCAGUUUCGGUUGCUGUAACUCCAAACGGUCGCGCAGAUGCCGUCACCCGUGGUCCGGAUAACAAGCUCUAUUUCACUGAACCUCUUACCGAGCAAAUGCCAAUGGCAGAGUUCUUAUCGAAGUUAUCACCAGAGAACAACCCGAGUGGAGAGGUGCAUUACCUGCAAUCCCAGAAUGGCAACUUGCGUGCUUCCUCGGCUCAAAUAUCCGAAUUCGAGAGUCUUUUAGAGGAUGUGCCACCACAUCUGCACUGGUGUACUGAUGCGUUGGACACUCUUCCUGACGCAGUCAACCUGUGGAUUGGCGACAGCAGGAGUGUCACCAGCAUUCACAGUGAUCCGUACGAGAACAUUUAUUCGGUCAUAAGAGGUUCUAAGACAUUCACGCUUCUACCUCCGACGGAAGGCUGGUGCAUGAACGAACGAACAUAUCCUCAUGCCACGUACGAACGUUCGGCCGAAUCCUCUUCGCUGGUCAUGGUUCCAUCACCACCAUCCACACCUCCCAUUCGAUGGUCUUCAGUCAUCGAUCCCAAUGCUCCCCAUGCUUUGCCACUAGAAGCGCAUCCCAUUCAUAUUACGGUCAAUGCUGGCGAAUCCUUGUAUCUUCCGGCCGGCUGGUGGCAUUAUGUCCAACAGUCGGGUGUCACGAUCGCUGUGAAUUAUUGGUAUGAUAUGGAGAGUCGGGGUAUGUCUUGGGUGUGGUUGAAUGUGCUGAGAGGUAUCAAAGAGCCGCCAGCUGCCAAUGAAGAGGGCGAAACCGAGGUUAUAUGAUGUUUACAUCAGUAUCAGUAUCGUCUGUCAUAAGGAGACUUACUUGAUCAGGCAAGGAUUGUAUUCGCAAGCGCUCAUAUAUUGAACAAGUCCCAAAUUUACAAACCCUG